AGAGAGAACGGGGAACAUAUAUAUUUUUUUAUUUUGUUGGGAGACUUUAUUUAAGAAAUUUUUGUUUAAGCAGGUGAACCAACCCGUAAUUUAAACUAUAGUGGCGCUUCUAUUCAGAUUCCAAGCUUGACGGUUGUAGCUGCGCUAGCUAGUUCCACUGCUACUGACAUAUUUGGAAGCCCAGUUCUCUAGCUUCCAAAUUUUGUUUAAGCUGGCUGACUAAUAUACACUCAUUUUGUUUUUAUGUUGUAGGUAUCCCUUUUAUCAAAACUGCAACUAGAAGUGUGUGUUAAAGAGGAGAGUAGCUCUGUCUGUCAUAGCUAGCGUUUGUGUCGUUAGGUUAGCUAGCCAGCUAACUUGCGUCGUCUGGCAGAUCGUCGGUUACUGUAUUCAAACUGUCUCUGAAAAAUGAACUCCAAUGUGGAGAACCUGCCACCUCAGGUUCUGCGCCUCGUGUACAAGGAGGUCACUGCUUUGGCUGCUGACCCUCCUGAGGGUAUCAAGAUCUAUCCCAGUGAAGAAGACAUCACAGAGCUGCACACAGCUAUAGAGGGUCCAGAAGGAACGCCAUUUGCUGGUGGGGUGUUCAGGAUGCGCUUGGUUCUUGGAAAAGAUUUCCCAGCUGCACCACCCAAGGGAUACUUCUUGACCAAGAUUUUUCAUCCCAACGUGGGCCAUAAGGGUGAAAUCUGUGUCAAUGUUCUGAAGAGGGACUGGAGAGCAGAGCUGGGCCUCAGACAUGUUUUACUUACAAUCAAGUGCCUACUGAUUCACCCCAAUCCUGAAUCUGCUCUUAAUGAAGAAGCUGGACGCUUGCUACUUGAGGACUAUGCAGAAUAUGCUUCUCGUGCCCGGCUCCUCACAGAAAUCCACGCCAUGGGCACGCCUGGGGGAACCUCAGGUGGACCUCAAGAACCUGGUGAUGGUCCCCAGCCCAAAAAACAUGCUGGUGACCCGAAUAAAAGGGCCGCUGGGGUGGGGUCAGGUUCAACUGGCACCAUUAGCCAUGGAGCAAGUGGUGGCAGCAGCAGUAGUAGUGGUGGCAGCAGCAGUAGUAGUGGUAACAGUAAUGUUGUUGCAAAAAAGAAGACUGAUAAGAAAAGAGCUUUAAGGCGACUCUAACAGUGGAUUUUGUGUGUGUGUGUGUGUGUGUGUGUGUGU